AUGCAUCGAUUGACCUUCGUCGGUGACAGGUGCAUGGAUGCUCUCGGGCAAAGGUGGAAAGUCACGGACGACCAUGGCACUUUGUACCUGAUCAAGGGGCGUAUCUGGGUCAGUGGCAACGUUCUUUUUCGAGAAGGUAAAUCGGGCAUAGUCAUGCGGUUCCAGCGGGAAGAGGACCUCGCCAUGGGAUUUGAGGAAGACAUGGAUGCCGAAGAUGUGCAGGAGCAGGACAGCCUGCAAGUCUUGGAGAACAUCGUCUCGCACUGCUACGACGAGCACUCUCCGGAUCUGCUGCUGGAGCUGGGCCUGAACCACUGA